GAUAUCGAAAUACCUUCCUUUCCUCUUUGUAAAAUCAUUUGUGGUCUCCUCGCCAUAGCGAACAGUCGGUUAAAAACAUGAAAAUUAUGCGUAAUAAUCCAAACAAAUGUCUGUCCUAAUCACCGAGACGCCGACGUUGCCGACGACGACGCCAGGACAGAUUUAAACAGUGAAUGAGUGACUAUUUUCAUGCCAUUUUAUCACAAUUAUCCGCCUAGUGAUCAUAUAAUUAGGUUGCGAGAGAAUAUGGCGCUCGUAUGUGACGUUGAUAACAUUGAAAGUGCGACUCCUCAAGUGGAGGAGCAACCCCAAGAGACGAAAGAAGAGGCAAAGGAACAGGAGAUUGUCCAAGAUAAUGACCUCGAAGACGGCGAAAUCGAAGAUGACGGAGAGGACGAGCCUCCCGUGGAGGCAGCCCCGCCGCCCCCCAAAGACCCCGAGCCCCCCAAGGAGAAGCCGGAGCGCGACCGGACCCGCCACGAAAGGUCCGAAAGACGCCGCCACGACGACAAAAAGAAACACAUGACUGAAGCCGAGAAAAGCAUCCUUCAUCUGCGUAAAAGAGAACGCAUGCAAAGAGAAAAAUGGGAAAAAUACCGCAAGGAACAAAACAUGGACCCGGCCGCCGUGGACGACUUCGCGAUAAACAUCGAAAAAGCCAUCGCCAGCGUUCUGAAAAAGGACAAACACGUUAGUGACGAGGAGAAAGACGACGACAAGAGGGGCCGAAAGCGGAAAAACCGCGACAAAGACAGGCCGAAAGGCGGAAAACAACGGAAAAUCGACUCCCCGAAAGCGGAGGACGACGAAAAUGCCAGCCCGAAAUCGGAGGAAAAACGCGACAGAUCGGCGUCGCCGCGAUCCGAAGACUCCUACACUUCGGACGAGUCCGAUCGGAGCAGAAGCGACCGGAAACGAGACCACAAAAAGGGCAAGGGCCGAAAUCGGCAGAGGAAGAGGAGUCGCGAAAGGCGAAACGAACAGCAACAACAAAACAAGGACUCACAAGGCGUCUGCGUUUUCUUCCUGCAAGGGAAAUGCCAAAAGAAUGACUGUCCGUAUUCACACGAGGCCGUGCCGCCCAUGAAACUCGAACUGUGCAAGUUUUACUUGAAGGACUGUUGCGCGAAAGGCGAGAAAUGUUCGUACAUGCAUUCGGAAUUUCCUUGUAAACUUUACCACACGGGUCUCGUGUGUGUCCAGGGUGAUAAUUGUAAAUUUGCGCACGGGAAGCCGUUAGAUGAGCACCGCAAACAGAUUUUAUUCAAGCAUAUCGAGACGGCGCCUCGUGAGAUUUUGGGUGGUUUUCCCCGGAUGAAUCGCGAGGAACUUCUCAAUAAAAUCAACGUGGCCCAGCAGAAUUUAAUGGUGCAGUAUGGGAUUGAUAAGAGUGAUAAAGGGAUGCCGAUGCUGGAUAUUAACAUGGGAGUGCCGCCGGAAAUCGCCAAUGAUUGUAACAAGAAGAGGAAUAAACCGUCGCGGUGGCAAGACCCGGAUCCAGUGAUCAAACCGUUCGGUUUGGAUCAAGAUAUGAGGGUGAAUAGUAAUGGUGAUAUUGAUAUGAGGACUUUACCACCUUUGGCGCAAAUGCAGCCCCAAAUUCAAAGCGAAGAGACUUCGGGUGAGAACGAUGUGAAUAAUUUCACCCAAGAUAUCGAUAUAAGGAAUCCGAAUAUGUUGCAAUUCGAUACGAAAGACGUAGAUAUAAGGCAACAAAUGUUGGCUAGUAAAGACAUCGAUAUUCGGCAAAUUUUACCAGUUUUCGAGGAAAACAAAGAACCGGAAGUUACCGAAAAUGCUCUUCCAGACUUACCGAAAACUCCACGCGAGUUGUACUUGAGGAUACAGUCGCAACAGAAAACCAACUUACCUGAACAACAGCCUGAAACAAUCCAAGUCGACGAAAACAUCAACUGGUACUCGGACGACGAUGAUGAGGACGAAAAUCGGCUCACGAUCAAAGUCGACAAUGAAGAAGAAAAGAAAGAAGAGAGUGAGAAUAUCAUGAGUCCGCCUCAAAUCAAGCCAUUAGACGUGGUGGAAAAACUAGGUGACUUGUCAAAAAUCGAUAUUUCGGCCGAAGUCACAAAAUUGUUGACUUCAAUGAGUCAACAGAAAGAGGCCCAAAAGCCGGCCAUUCGUGACCCGAGACAGCAAAGGACGCCUUCGACCGAACAAAAAAUCAGUAUUUACGAACAGGGGAGUAUUAUUUCGGACGAGCCGAAGAGUCCCGAUCAAGUUGUCGAGUCGGAUAUUCGGGGACGUCCCGACGUCGACUUACGCAACUUACAUUUACCGUUCAAAGGCAUGUUGAAUUACACACCAGCGAAGGAAAUCGACGCUAGUGUUAAUUCGCAUCCGCCUAUGAUAUGGAAAGUCGAAAUAGUCGAUAUUCCGCGUCCGGAUUACACCGGAUUAAAACUAAACAUUCAAGAUGCGGAAAAAACCGGGGAUCCCCGAUUGAAGAAAAUCUUCCGGUUGAGCACCGAAGAGAAGGAUAGUCCUGCAAGUCCGAAGGCGAGUCCCAAAGCUCGGAUCGAUCCGCGUCUCAAGAAAAUCGAAGAGAAACAACAAGAUUCUUCAACGUUGACGUACAAUCAACAGUUGAAUAUUUUGCAAAGUUCGGCAUUCUUCCAGAGUUUGACCAGUAACCAAAAACUGCUCCUCAAUCAAGAACUCGCUGCUAGGAGUGACCAAAACGGCUUCCAUGACCCUGUUUUGAACAGUAUGUUGUCGACGCUGAAUCUGAUUCCUACUAGUAACAUGAACAGUCCUAAUAUGGGGGCGGCGUUGAACAUUUUGGCCAAUGUAAAUAAAUUAAAUCCGGGGAUGAUCAGUAAUCCCCCGCCGAUGGUUAUGAGGCAGAACCCCAAUAUGAUGGCGGUGCAGCCGGGGUUGUUAGGGGCGGCACCGGGGAUUCCCAACAUACCCAAUGAUUUUCCCAUGAAUUUUGACCCGAGGAUUAACAAUGCGCCGCCACCGCCUUUUGGGAAUUUCCCCCCUGAAAAUAAUUUCGGAGGAUUCGAUGAUUAUUAUCAACAAGAUAAUAAUUUCGCGAAUAGGGAUAACAACAGGAAUUUUAAUAGGGAUAGGAGAAGAGGAAGGAAUAAUUUUAAUAGAAAUAACGGAAAUAGGAAUUUUAGAAAUAGGAAUAACAGAAAUAGAGGGCAUACACCGCCCUAAUUUGCCAAUUAGAUAACACGCUCAAAAUUUAUUCUGUAAAUACAUAUUUUUGUUUUUUAUUAACGUUUGAAAGACUGAAGGACCUUGUAAAUAAUUCAAUCACCUUUUUUUACCGAGUUGGUAACAUUUUCUCUACUGUUUCAAAACUGUUUUUGUAAAUAUACGAAUAAAAGAGUUAUCAUUCCUUGUAAGUUAUUUCUCAUGAUAGAAACUAUUUAUUUUUUGUUAAUUUAUCUAACCUUUAUUAUUUUUUUAACGGAAAGCUUACCAGGUAUGUUUAGAUGGCAAAUAUUUAUACAUAAGCGCUUUAUUAUUUUUUUAAAAUAAAUCUUGAAAUACUU